AUGUUCGAAAGUCGAGGUGAGCUUAUCAUAUGGAAGUUGCAUGUUCCUAGUGAAACCAAUCAGUCAUGGAAAGUCCACAAAUCGUUAUCAUAUCAUCGAAAGGAUGUCUUAGAUCUACAGUGGUCUCCUGAUGAUGCUUUUCUGAUUUCUGGCUCGGUGGACAAUUCUUGCAUCAUAUGGGACGUUAACAAAGGUGUUGCCUUGUCAAAGUAUGUUGCCUCUCUUAGUUCUGACGUCAAUAAGCCUCAAGCAAAGAGUAAAAGUGGUGAAAAGAUGAACUAUGUUUGUCAGCAUGUGAUCACGAAAGUAGAUCAGCAACGAGGAGAUGACCUGCUAAGCUUCCAGGUGCUAACAAACCGGCUGUAG